AUGACCUCUUCUGAGGAUAAACAAGAUUUGCGCCGCAAAGAUGAGAAUGAACUCUUCUCUCUUUCUUUCUCUCUUCAAAUUCUUUCUUUCUUUUCAAACUUUUCUCUCUUUCUUUCUGUCUUUCUUUGUAAAGUUUUCUUUCUUUUUAAAUUCUUCUUUCUUAUUUCUUUCUUUCCUCUCUUUUUUUCUCUCUCUUUUAAACUCUUCUUUCUUUCUUUUCAAACCCUUCUCUCAGUCUUUCUUUCUUUCUUUCUUUCUUUUCAAACUCUUUCUUUUCUUUCUUUAAAAUUAUUUCUUUUUUUCUUUCUUUCUUUUCAAAGGCUUGUUCAUAUGUAUGUUAGCGUGUAUACUUUCUUUUCUAUUUUUUCUGUAAUAAUAACAUAUAAUAAUAAUAAUAAUUAUAAUUAUCUAUCUAUCUAUCUAUCUAUCUAUCUAUCUAUCUAUCUAUCUAUCUAUCUAUCUUACUUAUUAUAA